AUGGUGAGAAUGAACGUGCUUGCAGACUGCCUUAAGAGCAUCAUCAACGCUGAAAAGAGAGGAAAAAGACAAGUGCUUAUCAGACCAGCCUCAAAAGUGGUUAUAAGAUUCCUUCGCUUAAUGCAAAAGCAAGGCUAUAUCGGAGAAUUCGAAGUUAUUGAUGACCACAGAUCUGGCAAAAUUGUCGUAGACUUAGUUGGAAGACUAAAUAAAUGCGGAGUUAUCUCACCAAGAUUUGAUAUUGCACUCACUGAUAUUGAGCAAGUUGCAACUGAUUUAUUGCCAUCUAGACAAUUCGGAUAUGUAGUUUUGACCACAACUUAUGGCAUCCUUGACCAUGAAGAGGCACGUAAAAGACACACUGGAGGAAAAUUACUUGGAUACUUUUUCUAA